CUCGGCGUCUCUUCUCCGCUCUUUCUGCCCUUCUUGUCCUUCUCUCCCAGGAAGGUCGCAAGGUCACCGCGCCAUGAACUCUCUCCUCAUCUCCACCCCCAAAUCUAACCCAACUUUUCCUCGCUUCUCCUUCUCUUCCGCGAAGCCAACGGGGUUCUUGAACUCGAUCGAUCUGGUCUCCUUCCGGCGCGGGGGGAACCGAAUCGGCGGUCUGUCCUUUCGAGCGAAUGCCCGUUCUGCAAUCGACGAAGCCGAGCUUCUUGAAUCGGGGCACCCCAACCCCACGAUCUCAUCGUCUUAUCGGCCGCCCACGAUUCCGCAGCCCAAUCAGACGGUGCUGGAGGCUCAGGCGCGGGUGUGCACCGGUCCGGAGCAGACGAGGCCGCUCACCGAGGAACAGGCGUUCAAGGUUCUCGACACGAUCCUCAAAUCAGCUAGGGGAGAACUCAAGGAUGAUGAAGUUUCUAAAGCACAACUUGGUGCUUUUUUUGCUGGGAUGACAAUAAGAGCAAAUGCUUUUCCAGAGCCCACACAGUGGAGUGAGGGUGAAAGGCGUGCCAUGGAUGUCUUUUGGCCACACCUUGUCGAAGUUCUUCCACAAGACAUAAUCUUCAUAGCUGAUCCAGAAGGCACAAUAAUGGAAUCUGGUAAUUCAAUUGGGCCAAAUUAUGUUGGCGAAGGAACUGCUGAGAUGAGACUUGUAGGUGCUUUAAGGGAAGUACUAGCAGGUGGUCAUUUAGGCUAUGAAGAGGUCCAAGGUGUUCUAAGAGAUGUUCUUCCACUGAAAUCAGAUGAUGAUGGGUCUGCAAAGGCUAGUGAGUCACUGAUAGCUGCAUUUUUAAUAGGACAGCGGAUGAAUAGAGAAACAGAUCGUGAGCUUAAAGCAUACUGUCUAGCAUUUGAUGAUGAUCUAGGUCCUCCUCCUGUCGCUGAUGUUGAUUCUUUGACUCACUAUGGUGAACCCUAUGAUGGAAAUACACGAUUCUUCAAAAGUACAUUGUUUGUAGCUGCCGUUAGAGCUUGCUAUGGUGAAUCUUGUCUGCUCCACGGUGUGGAAUGGAUGCCACCUAAGGGAGGAAUAACAGAAGGGCAGUUGCUGAAGUUCAUGGGCGCAAAUAUAUAUCUGUCUCCAGCCCAUGCAAAGACACUGCUGGAGGAUGAGAAUGUUGGCUUUGCCUAUUUGAAUCAGAAGGAAGUUCAUCCAUCGCUAUAUUCACUCAUUGGGCUGAGGGAGCAUAUUAAGAAACGUCCACCAUUGGCAACUGCAGAGAAAGUUCAGCAAUUUGUCAGGGCACGUGGAAGAGAAGCUAUUGUUGCUGGAUUCUAUCAUGCAGGUUAUGAGAAUCCACUGUUGAUGCUUAUGAGAAGAAGAAGGGUUCAUUCGGGUUUGGUUGUGAAGGGAGAAGAAGGAGCACUUUCAAUGACAACAAAGGCAAAAGCCGUUCAUGCAUCAAAAGGCCUUCCAGUAAACCACUGUUCGGGGUUCCGCCCACCAAGUUUGGCAGUUCUUCCUGAUGUUGAUGGAAUUUCAAGGGAAAGCUUCAGCAUUGAUGUUAAUGCCAAAGAUUAUGGUUUUGAACCCACGGAUACUCCAAGAACUGAUAGAUCGGUUUUGAAGAAUAUCGCGUUGGGUUUAGCAGCUCUGCGUGGUGAGAAAGGAGAAGCCUACGACAGGAUUGUUCUAAACGCAGGAAUGGUUGAUCACUUGCUGGGCUGCAAUGGGGCAGAGGAUGUCAUGGCUGCCCUGGACAGGGCUAGAGAAGCCAUUGAUAGUGGUAAAGCACUAAAGAGGCUCAUGAAUUACAUACAGCUCUCCCACAAAGUGAUAUAGUUCCUGUUAAGGUUUUGGUUCAAAGGGAGAUUACCUCAUGGAAUCACAUCGAUAGAGAUAACACUAGAUAGAAUUAGGUAGAGAGAUUGUUUUGCUGCAUACCUGGUUCUGGAAAGAUGCUAGAUGACAAAAGACUGAAGAAACUAAAGACGAUGAACAACGUUUGAAACAAGAAUAUCCCGGUUGAGUUCUUGUAUAUUUUUUAAAGAUCGGUUUCUUCCCAUCUUUUUCUUUAAUUUUCUUUUAUGAUGGCGUCAGGUGUAGGGGGUUCUUUUUUACAUGGUAGUCCUUAUAUUUUUUGCAGCAAACACCAACUAAUAUUC